UUAUCACUAGCUGCCCAACACUAUGUUUUUAUUACUCAGCAAUUUGCUGUGUACUUUAGACUGAGGCUCAACACCUGGUUGACCCACCUACAUAGGCGAAUAUAAAGUUCAGAUUCAAGCAUGCGGACACCAAAUUUCAUCUCAGGAGGAGCAUCCUGAACAUCUCUACACACGGAGACAACAUGGACCCAAGAGCCUCUCUCUCCAUUCUGCUGCUGUUGGCUGGCAUUUCCUUGGCGAAUCCUGUCAGGAAGCCUGGCCCUCCUGCAUUCCUACCCAUACCUGGAAAUGUGGACAUCACUACAAAGUUUCUGGAGACCAACAAAGGAUGUUCCGAACACCUGAUUGAAGGAGAUCUGGUGUUUCCCAAAACUAAAAAUGCUCUCUACUGCUUUAACAACAACUGUUUCUGGAAGAAAAACUCUAGCAACAUAGUGGAGGUCCCUUACAUAGUGAGCAGUGAAUUCUCCUCUACUGACAUCUCAGUUAUUAAGAAUGCCAUGUCUACCUUUCACAAAAAAACUUGCAUUCGCUUUGUACCCAGAUUAAAUCAAACUGACUACAUCAGUAUUGAGAACAAAGAUGGGUGCUACUCUUCUCUUGGCAGAACUGGUGGCAAACAGGUGGUCUCCCUCAAAAGGACUGGUUGUGUGUAUCACGGCAUUAUUCAGCAUGAGCUCAAUCAUGCCUUGGGCUUCUACCACGAACACACCAGGAGCGAUCGUGACAAGUAUGUUAAGAUCAACUGGGAGUACGUCCCAACUGAUAAGGCCAGCAACUUUCAAAUACAGAACACCAACAAUCAAAACACCAAAUAUGACUAUGGCUCCAUCAUGCACUAUGGAAAAACAGCCUUCACCACCCAAGCUGGAAAGGACACCAUCACUCCCAUUCCUGAUGCAACAGUGGCAAUCGGACAGAGACAGGAUAUGUCUAACCUCGCCACCUGAGGAUCAACAAGCUUUAUGGAUGUGUUGUUUGAGAUAAUUUAAUAUGGUUUACCCGUCUACAGAUUAUUAAUGUAAUGAGGUGAUGGUCUUUGUCUUUAUCCAUCUACGUUUUGAUUAUCAUUCUGAAUCCAACUCAUAUUCUUUUUUCAGCUUUUGUUCAAAAUGUUAUUUCUU